CACGAACAAAAAUUCAUUCUCAUUGGGGUUUGAAGUUUGGACCAACGUGGAGCAAAUGCAAUUCCUAAAUGUCUAUAUAAAUUUCAUUCCACAACAGCAAAAUGAUCAACGAUUGAAGCAGUUUCUAUUUAAGACUGUUUGCAUAUCUGACAGUAUAAAUUUAGAUAUUUUCGAAGGCAUAAAUAUGACGAAAUGCUCUGGUGCCGUUACUAACUAUGAAGAGGAUAUCAUAAGUAAUUUUUGCACUGCGCAUGGCAUUUCCACUGUCCCGUGCUUUGCAACAGUGAUACAGGAGUGUCUUCAAUUAGCCUUUAAAAUGCCGCAUGUUGAAUGCGUUUGUGAAGAAGUGCAGAAGUACCUGAAAGCAAAUGAGCCUACAACGUGUCAAGUAAGUGGAAGCAGCUUUUAUGUUUGUUGUUAUUAAUUUGCACAUAUGUAAAUGAUUACUUUUGGAGAG